AUGACCAACUGCUGCUCCCCUUGCUGCCAGCCCACCUGCUGCAGGACCACCUGCUGCAGAACCACCUGCUGGAGACCCACCUGUGUGACCAGCUGCUGUCAGCCCUGCUGCCAGCCCAGCUGCGGCAGCUCCAGCUGCUGCCAGCCCUGCUGCCAAACUACCUGCUGCACAACCCGCUUCAGACCCACCUGUGUGACCAGCUGCUGCAGCAGACCCUGCUGCCAGCCCUGCUGCUGUGUGUCUAGCUGCUGCCAGCCCUGCUGUCAGCCCAGCUGCUGUGAGUCUAGCUGCUGCCAGCCCUGCUCCCAGCCCAGCUGCUGUGAGGCUAGCUGCUGCCAGCCUUGCUGCCAGCCUCGCUGCUGUGAGUCUAGCUGCUGCCAGCCUUGCUGCCAGCCUUGCUGCUGUGAGCCUAGCUGCUGCCAGCCCUGCUGCCAGCCUCGCUGCUGUGAGUCUAGCUGCUGCCAGCCUUGCAGCCAGUCCAGCUGCUGCCAGCCAGUUUGCUCUGGACCUGUUUACUGCACAAGAACCUGCUACUACCCCACAUGUGUCCGUGUGCCUGGUUGUCUGUCCCAGGGCUGUGGAUCCAGCUGCUGCCAGCCCUGUAGCUGUUGA